AUGGAAGAACAGCCUGGUCCAUCGACAGGCGACCGCCGCAGCGCCUUCAACCACCGCAGAAGGGCAGCCAGGACCAUCAACACGUCUCCGACCGCACAAGACGCUGUAGAGGAUCAGGACUUGGUGCAAGAGCCCGAAAAGGAUGUCGCCACGACUUCCCACUUGGAGAUGAUGAAAGUUGGGGUCCAAGGCCGCUGCAGAUUCCAGAAAAUCUACAUCCGCGGAACAAAGAAGUCGACCACCGCGUACAAACCCGAGGCCGACGCACCUGCCGACGAUCGGACUCUGUCCAUCAUCCCGACCGAAGAGGAGAAACAAGGCCGGCCCGAGACAACCCAAUAUCUCGUCGUCGGCUUUGUGCUGGCUGCAAAUCCGAGCAAAUACACGCCCAAGUCCGUUGGAAACUCAUCGCGCAACAAGGAUCGAGAGCAAGCCAGGAAAGCGAGAGGCACACUGGAUGCAGAGCGAAAUAUCAUCAGAGCCGUGGUACCUAUGACAGAAUUCGUCUCAGACACCAUCAAGUACUAUGCGGCAUGUCAUUCAACGCAUGGUCUUUGCACUCUGCGCGUAAUCCUCGUGGAUGACAUUUUCUUUUUUGAUGAGUUCUGGAGAGAUGUGGUGCCAAGUGGGAAGGUUAAGGACCGCAAGGCAAGACUGAGCCUGGCCUGUAAAUAUCAUGCCGCGUACACCAAGAAGCCACCAGAGAAGCCGCGUACUAUCAUACGGAAGCCCGAUAACUCGACUGCGUCCAACGCGAUUGCAGUAACACGCGAGACCAACGCUGCCAACGUACUGUUCCUGCAGUAUUCUUUGUGGCAAUUGUCGGGUCAGCCUCAGUCUCUCACGGCUCUAGAGAAGACGUUGGAGAGUUUGCUGCCGGACCUUGCAAAAAUGCCAGCCAAGGAAGGCACCAUUGCUUUCUUUGAGUUUGACUCUGAGAUGGUGGCGACCGAUGCCAGCAAGCUUGUCGAGGAAGCAAAGAUCAUGUACCCUAGCUUACGUCCUCUGGAUCCAGAUUUGGUCAUGAGUCUUCACACAGCUUUACGGAACAGUGGAAAAGCCAUGAAGCUUCCAUACGGCAGUCUAGGACUCUUCUUAGAGUUUGGACACGACCGUGCUAAAGCGGGCUGGGCAAUGGAGAUCCUUGAACCGGUUGUUGUACAGAUUCUCCACGACAUCGAACUGUUCAACAGGGUACACACCGGUCCCUCGCUUUGGACACCUUCCAACGUCACAGCGGCGUCUGCCAACCUCACGCCCUUCGUAUCCUCACUACGCAGUGCGCUGUCGGAGAUCAAGGACUUUCUCUUAGCACAGGCCGUCGGACUCCGAGAACAACAUGGAGGCGUACAGCAGCAUCAGUCUCUGGACGAUCUGAUGGCGAAGAUCGGAAAUUGCGUGGACAAGGAAGCUCUCAUGGCACUUCACGAACAAUUCUUUGCGAUUCAUGGAGAGCAAUUGGCGACUGCGAAUUCGAAGGGUGCUGACUACAUCAAUGAGUUGAUCGAUUUCAUAGAUAUGGCGUUGGGAGCUCAGUCGGUCAACAACACUCAAGACGGAGGAAGUGGGAAAGGCAAGGGAAAUGUGACUGGAUAG